CGGAAGCUAGGACCCUCUGGGCGCAAUAAUAAUAAUAAUCGUCCCCCUACUCUACUUCUUCGCCUUCCCUCUCCCUCUCCCUCCUCUCAAUCAUCAACUUCAUUCCAUCGAAGACAAUUCAACUUCCAAAAACUCCUCCAACUCCCCUUCCACAUCCUCCUUCUAGGGCUCCAAGCUACCCUUCAAGCCAUCCCUCCCUCGCAUAAAUCUUGUUCAAGACAGUCAAAUCUCUCGAACAACAGACAACGUCGACAAUCCCAACCUCAAUUUUCAAAUCAAUCAGUUAUCCUCCAACCAACAACCUUCAUCAACUCGAUCAUUCAUCAUGUCUGCCAUCGCUGAGAAGAUUACUGACGCCGUCAACGACGUUACUGCCAAGCUUGGCAACGCAACCAUCGCCACCGACGCUGACAAGACCACUGCUGCUCACAACGAUGCAGUUCUGGCCAGCGCCGCUGAGGGACGGAGACUUUACAUCGGCAACCUCGCCUACGCGACCACCGAGCAGGAGUUGACCGACUUCUUCAAGGGAUACCUUGUUGAAUCGACCUCCAUCCCAAAGAACCCACGCACCGACCGCCCAGUCGGCUACGCUUUCGUCGACCUCUCUACACCCAGCGAGGCCGAGCGUGCCAUCACUGAGCUCUCCGGCAAGGAGAUCCUUGAGCGCAAGGUCUCCGUUCAGCUUGCCCGCAAGCCUGAGCCAGCCGGCGAGAAGACCGAGAAUGUCGUGAGUGGAGGUGACGCUGCUGAGGGUACCGAGGGUGGCCGCCGCAGACAAUCCGGACGCGGUCGUGGACGCGGCCGUGGCCGUGGUGGACGCACUGCCCGUGCUGGUGACCGCGUCGAGGGCGAGGUUGCAUCUGAGGAGGUUCUCCCUCUCCAGGACAUCACCAACCAGGCUACCACUGAUGAGGCUGCCAAGGACGACAAGAAGGCCGCUCGUGCUCCCCGUGAGCGCCGUGAGCGUGGCCCACCCGCCGAUGGCAUCCCAUCCAAGAACAAGGUUAUGGUUGCCAACCUUCCUUACGAUCUGAGCGAGGAGAAGCUCAAGGAGCUCUUCGCUGCUUACGAGCCAUCUUCCGCCAAGAUCGCCCUCCGCCCUAUCCCCCGCUUCAUGGUCAAGAAGCUCCAGGCACGCAACGAGCCCCGCAAGGGCCGUGGCUUCGGCUUUGUUACUCUCUCCUCUGAGGAGCAGCAGCUCAAGGCCGUCUCUGAGAUGAACGGCAAGGAGAUUGAGGGUCGCGAGAUCGCUGUCAAGGUUGCCAUUGACAGCCCCGACAAGACCGAUGAGGACGCGAACGCUCCCGUUGCUGAGGAGACCAACGGCGCUGCCGCCACUGUUGAGGAGACCACCACUGCUUAAGCGGUGACUGGUGUAUUAUACGAGACGUAAUGAUGGGGAGUGCUGCAUCCGUUUUUCGCGUGAGCAUUGCUUUUAUACAUUGUUACUUCUCCAGGCGUAUGGCGGAAGCACUGGGAAAUGAAAUGCUGGUAAUGGCUCGUUAAAAUUGUUUUUUGAUGACCAGCUACUAGCUAUUUCAUGAUUUUAAUGGGAGAGGAGAGGAAAAAUGAUUUUAUGGGGGGUUUUGGGAAACGGUCGAUGGGCACUGUUAGAUCUGGCGGCUUCUCUCGAGGCUUGGUUCUUCUAGAAGCGACGGCUAUAUCCUACAAUUCCCAUGGCUUGUACUUUUUGAAACGACAAACUACACAAUAUCUUUUUUUCCUCCAUCAAAUGUCUUACUACUACGGACCGUUUUUCUUUUAGCUGGAUCUGUACAUUAGGGGUUUCCUUUUUGUGCUGGUCUGGGGUGAAGAGGGGGAAGUUGUGAAAUGAAAAGUUGAUUUUGGG